GCGGAUGUUGACAUACUGGUGAUACUAUGAACAUCAAGGCACAGACCAUUGCCACUCUCAGGCAGUUUGACAUUGGAGACAAGUUUGCACACUUGCCUCUGCGUAAAGCUGCUGUGCUCAUUCCACUGUUUGUGAAGGGAGAGGAGUUAUAUACACUCAUGACUCUGCGCUCUCUGGAGCUCAGGACCAGUGCAGGUGAGGUGUGCUUCCCCGGUGGGAAGAGAGACCCCAGUGACAGAGAUGAUGUGGAGACAGCUCUGAGGGAGGCCCAGGAGGAGAUAGGCCUGGAGCCGCACAAUGUGGAGGUGGUCUGUAAACUCAUCCCCGUUUUGAAUAAGAGUGGGCUGAUGGUGACCCCAGUGGUGGGCUUCAUAGACCAGGACUUCAGUCCGAGUCCAAAUCCAGCGGAGGUCAGUGCGGUGUUCACAGUUCCUCUGGACUUAUUCACUCAGGUCAAGAACUACUCUCAACUUCAAGACAUAACUGGAUUUGUGGCACCAGUGCACUUUUUUGAUUAUAUGGACCCUAUCUCAAACACUAACUAUCACAUAUGGGGCCUCACUGCGGUGUUGGCUAUAAUAGUUGCUGUGUGUGCUCUUCAGAAAAAAACUGAAUUUGAAGUUGGAUUUGAUUUCAAGGAUCCACUGCACUUCUUUGAGCAAAACCUACUCAAGAGAGUCAGUAGACUAUAACAUUCUAUUUCCAAAAGUUAAGUUGUUUAACACUUAAAUGGACAAAAUGGUACACAGUGUAGCUAACUAAAGGUACUUCUCUGAUGUAGUUGCCUGUUUUUUUUCAUAUUGAAAAAUAUUUUGAGACU